UCCAAGUGACCGCCGUACACUACGAGGGCACGUCUCACCCAUAAAACCGACAGGACCAGUGGAUGGAACAUCCCCUUUAUUGAUACGAUGUUAGCUGUCAUAAAAAGAUGGAUGAUUUGUAUAAAUUCGUUAUAAUUCUAAUCAUCUUAACUUCUACGUUUUUAAGUAUAUCAGGGUGUUCUAGUACUGAAGAUGUCCACAUACGUUCCAGCGCUGAGGUAACUGGUGAGUUUUAUAGCUUGGCCCUACCUCAGUCGUCCACAAAAACUUCAGGUCAAACUAGUGAGCUAUUCACAGACCUCACAUUACAAUCAACAUACGGUUUGUUCCCUACGACGACGAAAAAAAGCCCAUCGUCGAUAGUGAGGAGUGUUUCGUCAACUUUGUCUAGCUAUCAAGGAACAAUGGAAACACAACAGUCAACAACAAAUUCUCCAAACCUCCCUGUUGGAACAUCGGUUAGAGUCAAUGUAACAAGGAUGUUGACUUCGCUUCUAUUAUCAACAUCUUCAUCGUCACCUUUAAAAUCAUCUUCCACACAUAAAUCCUCGGAUUCGUCAUCCUCAGAUUUCCUUCAGACCACAUUAACGCUUGUCCCAUCAGUUUCUAUGACCUCAGCCAGCGUUGUAUCUACAGAGGAUUUAUCAACAUCUAGUUUGCACACAGAAGUGAGCCAGGGCGAGCAGUCUCAUUCCUCCCCGGAGAAAAUAGCAGGUAUCGUUGUCGGAGCUGUUUGUUCUGUCAUUACCGUAGUUGUCAUGGUGGCAGCAGCAUUCUACUUUAAAAGAAGACAAAGGAGACAGUCCGUCGUUGAAAACAUUAAGGUGAACUACGAGAGUGAAAAGUUUGAGGAUAUAACCGACAUCGACUCUGACGUCAUCACCCUUACUGGCUCACAUUAUGAGAAGCUCCAGAGCGCAAACUCCAGUGAAAGCCAGUACACCAUGAUCGUUCGGGGGGCGGGCAACGGUCAGGUUACGGAGGAACAAGUAACGUCUAUUGAGGACGACUCCUCAUAUGUACUCCCAAACGAAUUUUGUGCUGUUCCCGGCCUCCGAGUUAAAGACAAUUGUAUGACAAACAGUUACGAAAACACAAUGUUUUCCCUGGAUAUUAAAGAUGAUUUCCUACCAAUACAGGACGAAAAUGAUUAUAUUAAACUUUCUCAGGGCGAUUUUAAAGGUGUUUAGGUAUCGUAGAAUAUUUCCCAAUGUACUAAACGUUAAGUGAAUAUAACAUCACAUGUAGUUUCGCUUGACUAUUUUGUUCAUCAUACUUCUUAAGUUUCAAAGUCCUAUACAAUCAGACACCGUUAAAUACUGAUAAACAGUAACACACAAGAGGAUGCAAAAAAGCAUUGCGGAAAAAAGUGUUCACGAAAUACUGCUAAAUAUUGUACAAAGCGGCAUGAUCACUACGAAUACAAAUGAUAUUCAAAUCUUAAAAAAGUACAUCGUUAGAUUGGUUGUAAGCAAAAUAAACACUUUAAUUCAGUUUGAUUGUGAAGUCGUUUUGAUAAAUUAUGAAUUUGAAUGCAAAGUAAAUACAAACACAAUUAAAAGCGGACAGACCUACCGGACAGAAGUUAACAAAACAAGUUUUAAAGUCAGAUUCGAUACGACACUGAAAUCGAUGUCUUCUUUACUUUCAUGCGUCUGAUCGAUUGCACUAAGCAUAUCGACAUAUCGGAAUACAACAUGUUUGAAUGCUAAACGUAAAUCCGUGUAUAUAGAACAACUUGUUCAGGUGUGAAAUUCACAUUCAAACAAAUCUAGCCUAUCAAAGCGACUUUUAACAACACAAACAAAAAUCACUUCAAUCUCGAAAUUACCACUUAAUGAUUUAAACAUAUCGGGUUAAUCCCCCGCCAUCUUUGUAACACGUUUAUAAACCAAGCACAUAUAUGGAUAUGCUGUUAAAAAGGAAAACAUUACUAUUUCAUACUAGAGACGAUGUCUUCAUUCAUUUCAAUGACAAAUAUGGAAAGAUAUGAACACAUUCAAGACUAUUGAUCGCGUAAUUGUUUCUUUCAGUCACUGGAUGUGAUAUGUAACCUCCAUUAUGUUAUGACUUUACCACAUACAGGAAAUGACGCACAUGUGGAUUAUUUAGUUAGGCACUUUUUAGGGUAGGGUGAGGGUACCCAAAAUGGAACGGUACCAAAAAUGGAACACUUUUUAUAUAUAUGAUGCAGCAUUUUUUAUUUUGCAAUAAAAUGAAUAGUAUGUUUUCACAAUCAAUUAUUAUACAGUUUUAUUCAUCUUGAACAAAUUUCAUCUGCCUACCUUUUAAAUAUUGUUCAUAAAGCCAAUUGAAUUAUUGGAAAAACAAAAUGAAAAAGAAUCCGGGAAAAGGUACGGUACGACAACAUAAAUGUCCUAUCAUAUUUCUUAACAAGGACAACUAUAUGUUCAAAUGUUUAAAAGUUCUAAGUCUAUCUGUUUCACUUCAAUGAGCUCUAUAAAUAGACACAUGCAUCCUUUGAAUGUCGUCUUGCAGAAAAUAUUAACAUUGAGCAAAGAAGGAUAUUUAAAUCUAGGAUACAGAUCAAUGUGGCGAUUAAUGAAUUUAUUGAUUGGAAUUGAAAAAUGACAACAUUAGUAUUCGGAGGUUGUGAGGAUUCACAAUUGUACAAAUAGUGACGUUGAACACCCAGGGGGCUGAGGGUAGGGGCAACAAUUAGUUGAGAAGGAUAUCGUCCAUAUUUGCUUUGACGCAUUGUGAGGAAGUGGAACUUAAAACUACACAAAUAGAGGGGCUGAGAGGUGGGGCUAACAUGGUUUAUUGGCACGCGUACUUUCUAAUGUUCAGUACGUCUGUAUACAUCCUUAAAUCGCAUAGACCUAUUGUCUGUGGUGUGUUCAUUCCAAUUUCUAAGACUGAGUGGUUUUCUUUAUCUUUUGAACUAAUAAAUAUAAAAGAAAAUGUAUGUUUAAAGUUCUGCUAUAUAUAUACAUCAAUGUCUCCUUGAUUUUGUUUUGGAUAUAUAACUGCAGCACAGUUGGGGCAGGAGAGUUCCAAUGAUCAUAUGCAGAUCAUACGUGAUAGGUUAACAAUCUGAAGCCAAGGGUUCAAAUCCUGGGCUAGCCCUGCAAAUUUUAUACACUAAGAAAACUGAUUUUUAUUUCAUUAUUUUUGUCUUCAUUUAAGACCCAAGAGGUAUGCUUUUCUCUUCAGACUUUAUAAAAAUAUUUUUUUGUGAAAGAGGGUAUCAAAUUGACAGGGCUUCAAAUUGAAAAGGUUUUUGAAAUGUUAGUCAAUUUUCAAUUUGAAGCCCUGUAACAGCAUGUCUCAUUUAAUUCUAUUGACCACAUGACGGGGAGGUAAAACACAGUUUGUUUUUAGCUGCCUGUGUAUCUCCCGGCAUACUUUCAGUAUGUGUAGCGACUCUAGAAAUAUCAGCUAAAGUUUCACAUCUUAGUUCCGAGUUGAUGAAAUAGACGACAAAAAUGUUGCGAAAGCCGGAUCAUCUUCACUGUUGCGUUAUUGUUCUAUAUUAAUAUAAUAAAAACAUUUAU